AUGGUGAAGUUGGAUGGGAAACUAUGGAAAGCUGUGAUUAUGAUGUCAAUUAUAAACAUUGCUCUAAGCGGUGUAAACGUUAUGUUCAAGAAGAUGCUUAAUCAAGGAGUUAACCGUAUGGUUGCGGCCACUUACCGACUUGCUGCAGGAACUCUGUUCUUGACACCAUUAGCUAUUUUCUUAGAAAGACAUAACAGGCCAAAACUCACUGGUAGUAUCUUGUGUUCCCUUUUCUUAAGCGCUCUCCUGGGGACAAGUUUGGUGCAAUACUUCUUUCUAAUUGGACUACAAUAUACGUCUUCCACUUUCGCCUUAGCGUUUAGCAACAUGGUUCCUUCGAUCACUUUUGCUAUGGCUCUCGUCUUUAGGCAAGAGACGUUGAACAUCAAGAACAACAUAGGAAGAGCCAAAGUGUUAGGCACAAUGAUAUGCAUCUGUGGAGCUUUGGUACUUACUCUUUAUACAGGAGCCUCAUUAACUCCACAAAACGCUCAAACAGAAACACAAACGUCAAAUAGUCCAACGACUGCGGUAACGCAAAAAUGGGCCAUGGGUUCGGUCAUGCUGAUCAUAUCAAUCUUAAUAUGGUCAUCGUGGUUCAUUGUUCAAGCUAAAAUAUGCCGGAAGUAUCCAUGUCAAUACACAAGCACCGCGAUCCUCUCUUUUUUUGGUGUGAUCCAAUCUGCUUUGUUGAGUUUGAUCUCGGAGAGGAGCAUAUCCAUGUGGGUCGUUAAAGAGAAGUUCCAAGUUUUGGCUUUACUUUAUUCGGGCAUCGUGGGAUCUGGAUUGUGCUACGUGGGAAUGUCAUGGUGUCUCCAGCAAAGAGGUCCGGUUUUCACGUCUAGCUUCAUCCCUUUGAUUCAAGUUUUUGCUGCCUUUUUCAGCUUCUCUUUUCUUCAUGAGCAAAUUUACUGCGGAAGUGUGAUAGGAUCAGUGGUCAUUAUCGUGGGACUUUAUAUACUUUUAUGGGGCAAAAGCAAGGAUAAGCCGACACAAGUAACCAAACAAGAACCAUUAAAUCUCGAUCUUGAAGAUUCUGGGACAGCUCCAAAGGAACUUAAUAGUGCUGCCCAUCCAGUCUCUGAAAAAUAAUUACUUUGAUAUAUAUAUAUAGUUGUUUUGCAUAUGGUAAUGAACUAAUACUUAAUUACAGUGAAUGUCUAACAGAAAAUCAUAACACUCAAACUGUUAUACAGAAAUAAAAAUAUGUUCAAAUUUCGAGUUC